GCCAGAAAAAGUUUAGUUUACAAAAGAGAGUGAAAAGUUUCUCACGUGUAAGGGAGCAGGAAAGAAGGAGUACUCUGCUUCCUUUUUAGCAGCUUUUAUUCUUUAAGCAAGUGUAAUUCCCAGUGGCAGAGGGCAGAGCCCACUUCAGUGGGACCUCCCUCCAAACCCGCCGGGAUCCUCUACUUCCACCCUGAGCAAAGCAGGCGCCUUCACAAAGGAGUAAAAGGCUCCCAGCUGCCUCUGGCAGCAUCGGAAUAGAGAUGUCUACGGGGAAGGUCUGUUGUCUGGUGCUGCUGACCCUGGGGGUGCUGGCUGUGGUUGUUACACUUGUGGUCAUCCUGACUCAACCCAGGUGUGGUCCUCAGCAGUACCUGCACGGCGCCGUGGCUGCUGACACUGAGACCUGCUCUGUCAUCGGCCGGGACAUCCUCAAAAGUGGAGGCUCAGCUGUGGAUGCUGCCAUCGCUGCCUUGAUCUGCACCUCAGUGAUGAACCCUCAGAGUUCAGGCCUGGGUGGUGGGGUUGUAUUUACCAUCUAUAAUGCCAGCAAAGGAACAGUCGAGGUGAUCAACGCCCGUGAGACGGUCCCACAAGAGUUUCCGCACAACUUAUUGUCCAGCUGUGCUGCUGGUUUCCCUCUUGGUCCCAGCUGGAUCGCUGUGCCAGGAGAACUCCGGGGGUAUGAAGCAGCCCAUAAGCGAUACGGCCGCUUACCAUGGAAAGCCCUGUUUGAACCAACCAUCAAGGUCCUUUCAGAGCCACUUGUCAUUUCCCCAGUUAUGGAGAAGUUUAUUCAUCACCCAGCCUUUGCCAGUCUAGGAAAAAGCCUGUGCCCACUACUUUGUGAUGGUCAGAGGUUUUUGAAGCAUGGAGAGACCUUCAGGUGGCCAGCGCUGCAGCAGACACUGAGGGUUGUAGCAGAAAACGGAGCUACAGCAUUUUAUGAGGGACAGAUAGGAAAGGCCCUGGUGGAGGACAUUAGGAAAGCUGGGUCCAGCCUGUCACUGGAGGACCUUAAGGCAUACAAAGCAGAGCUGUCCUCAGCUCUGAACAUUACCCUGAACAACCACACCACAGUGUUUUCUCCUGGACCACCCCUGGGAGGUGCUGUGCUCAUGCUCAUCCUCAAGAUACUGGAAGAGUAUAAGCUCCAUGAAGCAUCACUGGCAACCCCUGAGGAGAGGGUAGAAACCUACCAUCGCAUUGCAGAGGCCCUGAAGUUUGGCAACAUGCUAAAAUCCAGCAUGCGUGACCCAGCCUUUUCUGAAGCUCUGAAGACUGUGGGGCGCAUGCUGUCUGACGAGCUUGCUGAGCUCGCCAGACAGCGAAUAGAUGCCCGUGGUGACCACCCACUUACCCAUUACAACCUGUUGGAGCCCACCUACAGCCACAGAUACAAAAGCAAGGGCACAAGUCACGUCUCUGUGCUUGCUGCAGAUGGCAGUGCUGUGUCCGCCACCAGCACCAUCAACUACCCGUUUGGCUCUUUUGUGUAUUCUAACCAAACUGGCAUCAUUCUAAACAAUGAACUUGCUGAUUUCUGCAUAGGAGACAAAAGCAUUAAACCAGGAGAGAAGCCUCCCUCAGCAAUGGUGCCUUCCAUUCUCAUCUCCAAGACAGGAGACAUGCUGGUGAUUGGAGGAGCAGGUGGAAGCUGGAUUGUCAGUGCUACUAGUAUGGCAAUUAUAAACAAGCUGUGGUUUGGCUACGACUUGGAACAUGCUAUUUCAGCUCCCAUCAUGCAUACUGAAGGUGAGAGUAUCCUGUUUGAGGACCACUUCAAUGAGGAGGUUAGAAGCAGUCUGCUGAGAAGAGGACAUAAGGAAAAUAAAGUUAAUUUUGCGAUGAAUGUUGUGCAGGGAAUUUCCAAGGAAGGAAAAUGCAUCUCUGCUUACUCUGAUAAAAGGAAGAUGGGGAAGUCAGCUGGAUAUUAGCAUGAAAUGCCAUCACAGCUCACAAAACUACAGGAGAUAACUAGAUUCAGAAUGUACUUUGGCUUGGACAUGCCAGUAUUGCCUGUUCCCAUCAGGAUGCCUCUGAGAGCAUGGGUAAAACUUGUGCUUAAACCCAGUUCCAGAGCAUGCAAGUCACCCUCAGGCAAUGCAACAGGUCAGCCAGCCUUGAUUAGAGCUACACCCUCCCUCACUUAUCUGAUACAUGGAAAAAUGUAUUUCUUGAGCAUGUCAGCUAUUCAGAGUAAGAAAAUACAAAAUGGGAAAGGAAAACUGGUCCAAGCCUCACUGAGAACACUGUGAUGGCCCAGAUGUAUCUUCCAUUCCUGUUGGAGAGUCCCAGUUAAGGGUAGGAUUGGUUUCUUUCAGGUAUUGCCACAAUAAUUAUUAUUGUGACUCAGCAAUGUGAAUUAAGUAGCUAUUCUGGUUAUGAGGAUUAGGAGCAGUGUCUGUAGGGUCUGAACUGUAAAAUCGUUAAGUAAGUGUCCAGGCUUAGAGGGUGGGUUUGGAAAGGGAAGAGAGUAAAACCCCACACUCUUCCUCUUUGGUUCCUUACCCAAAGAAGCCCAAUUUUUCCCAAAGGAGGCAGAUGGAAUUGGCUCACCAUAGCUCACAUCUGCUGUCCUACUACACUCUUGCUUUGGGGUUGCAAGGGACCCAGAAGCUCAGAGUAACUGUGCCAAAGCAUCCUUCAACCCUGCCCAUUGGUGACUUUGAGAAUAAGCUUCCUAUUGGACAAUGUGUGUUCCCUGGGGUGGACAGGCUUCAGCUCAGCUCCCUGGGGGCACCUCUCCCUGUGGCGAGAGGAGUCCCAGAUCAUGCCAGUUCUCCCUCCACAUGCCAGCAGAAGUCAUUUGGGAAGGCAGGUGAGGCCUGCAGUGGAAGAGCUGUUACUUUGGGGAGCUUUAGAACUUUCUUCAACAUGCAAAGGAUAUGUGCCCAGAAGCCUUGUUUGUAGUCAUGAGCUCAGCCUUGCCAGGCAAACACUAGGGCUUGCUGAGAAGUGAUGCAGCACUACCAAGCGUUACCACAAUGCUUUUCUCCUGUAGUCUAAGGACAUGCUCCAACUCCCUGUUACCACAGCUAGUCUCUAGGCAGAACUUAUACACUGUCUUAAAAGAGCUAUUACAAACAGAGGAAUCCUCUGGAGGAGAGAACAGAACUCAUGUGGCUGGACACAAAAGGUCUUUUGCAGUUAUUUCAUAACUUUACUUUGCUCAAAAUGGCCAAGAAUCAAACAUUAAAAAAAAAAACCCUAAAAAAA